AUGGUGGCCAGUAAUGUUUUUUCCUUUUCUACAGCAAUUCCUCUCUCUGAGGAUCAUAAGCCAAAUAGAAGUGACGAGAGGAAGAGAAUUGAAAGCGCUGGAGGAGUCGUUAUGUGGGCAGGGACUUGGAGAGUUGGAGGUGUUUUAGCUAUGUCCCGUGCUUUUGGCAACCGGAUGUUAAAACAAUUUGUUGUUGCAGAGCCCGAGAUCCAGGAUCAAGAAAUAGACGAAGAGUUGGAGUUGCUUGUGCUCGCAAGCGAUGGACUAUGGGAUGUGGUCCCGAAUGAGGAUGCUGUUUCACUUGCCCAAACAGAGGAAGAGCCCGAGGCAGCUGCACGAAAGUUGACGGAGACUGCAUUCACCCGUGGUAGUGCUGACAACAUAACAUGCAUUGUGGUGAGAUUCCACCACGAAAAUGCAGAUUCAGCCAACCCCCAGCAUGAUUAGAAAUCCCUUAUUCUAUAAAUGCAUGUGUAAAUCCAUUCAAAGUUCGUUAUUUGACAUUCAGAUUUGCACAAAGCAUACCAUGGGCCCAACAUGCAUAUCAUCAAUUGAGGCAAUUUGUUUAUUCCUUGCUUUGUUUUUGCCCUAAUUCACUCUUUUAAUUGAGUACUAUUUGUAUCCUGGUUUCAUAAAUUGUGCAUAUUUCUGCA